CGUUGAAUUCGAGACUAGCACUUUCGAUAAUCGAAAUAACACUCGAAGUUUAUACAAAACGAUAAUUGUAUUCGAUAGUAUACCAAAGCACCAUCUGACGGAGAAAGAUAUUAACAGUACUAUCCAAAAUGGCGCUCAAGGGACAGGUUGGUCAAAAAAUUAUGAACGAGGUGAUCAAACAGAAAAAGAAAGCAGCAGGAGGAGUAGAAUGGAGGAUCCUUGUCGUGGAUCAGUUGGCGAUGAGAAUGGUCUCGGCAUGUUGUAAGAUGCAUGAUAUCAGUGCCCAAGGGAUUACCCUGGUCGAAGAUAUCAACAAGAAACGUGAACCCUUGCCAACGAUGGAGGCUAUUUAUUUGAUAACACCGUGCAAUUCAUCCGUGCAGAAAUUGAUUGAAGAUUUCAACAACCCGACUAGAACGACCUACAAAGUCGCUCACGUUUAUUUUACCGAAGUCUGCCCGGAGGAGCUGUUCAAUGAACUCUGCAAGUCUCUCGCCGCUAAAAAGAUCAAAACCCUCAAAGAGAUCAACAUCGCUUUCCUGCCAUAUGAGUCGCAGGUAUUCUCUUUGGACUCACGUGAAACCUUUGCCUGUUUCUACAAUCCAUCCUUCUUAAAUUUGAGAACUGCCAAUAUGGAAAGAAUUGCAGAACAAAUUGCCACUCUUUGUGCAACGCUUGGUGAAUAUCCGUCCGUUAGAUAUCGAAGUGACUUUGACCGGAACGUUGAAUUGGCACAAAUGGUUCAACAAAAAUUAGACGCUUAUAAAGCGGAUGAACCCACUAUGGGAGAAGGACCAGAAAAGGCUCGCUCUCAAUUGCUUAUCCUAGAUAGAGGUUUUGACUGUGUUUCUCCCUUGUUACAUGAAUUAACACUACAGGCUAUGGCAUACGAUUUGUUGGAUAUUGACAAUGAUGUUUACAGAUUUGAAGCAUCUGCUGGCGUAGAAAAGGAAGUUCUUUUAGAUGAGAAUGAUGAUUUAUGGGUUGAAUUAAGGCAUCAACACAUUGCUGUAGUCUCUCAAAACGUUACCAAAAAUUUGAAGAAAUUCACCGAAUCUAAGAGAAUGCCACAGGGUGAUAAACAAAGUAUGCGAGAUCUUUCGCAAAUGAUUAAAAAGAUGCCACAGUAUCAAAAAGAAUUAAGUAAAUAUGCUACGCAUCUUCAAUUAGCAGAAGAUUGUAUGAAGCGUUACCAAGGAAAUGUGGAUAAACUUUGUAAAGUGGAACAAGAUUUAGCUAUGGGUACGGAUGCUGAAGGUGAACGUAUAAAAGAUCACAUGAGAAAUAUAACUCCAAUUUUGCUAGAUCAAAAUGUAGAUCAUUUAGACAAAUUACGUAUCAUUGCAUUGUAUGUCAUUAGUAAAAAUGGUAUAAACGAAGAAAAUCUUAAUCGUCUAGUUAAUCAUGCUCAAAUAUCUGCAGAUGAUAAACAAACAAUUGUUAACAUAGCGAAUCUUGGCAUUAACGUGGUAGUGGAUGUAUGUAUGAAAUAUGUGUUAAAAAAAAAAAAAAAAAAAAAAAAAAAAACUAUUAUAAUCUUUGGGAAAUUGCAGGGUAAUCGCAAAAAAUUAUACACAGUUCAACGAAAAGAAAGGAUUACAGAACAAACAUAUCAAAUGAGUCGAUGGACACCAGUAAUAAAAGAUAUUAUGGAAGACUCUAUAGAAGACAAAUUAGAAUCUAAACAUUUUCCUUUCUUAGCUGGACGUGCAGCUAGUUCGGGAUAUCAUGCACCUGCCAGUGUUAGAUACGGUCAUUGGCAUAAAGACAAAGGACAACAAACCAUCAAGAAUGUCCCACGUUUAAUCGUAUUCAUUGUCGGUGGUGUUUGUUUUUCGGAAAUACGAUGCGCUUAUGAAGUAACAAAUGCUUUGAAAAAUUGGGAAGUUAUUAUCGGUUCAUCGCACAUAAUUACACCGAAAUCAUUUCUAAACGACCUGAGUAAACUUCACGUCUAAACAAUUCCAUUUACCGAUAAUGCAAAACAUUUUCUGCAUUCCUGACCUGUCGUCACUGUCUAUUUUGACUCUUCAUCAGUACUACCAAACAUGAAUCUGUAACUUGUGAUCUCUUUGAGGACAAAUUAUUAAUUAAAACAAAGAAAGAAAGAAAGAAAGAAAGAAAAAAAAAUAGAAAAAAAAAAAAAAAAAAGAAAACAAAGCAAAAAAGAAAUACACGGUCAAUUCCGUAGAUAAAAGUUCGUUUCAAAGUUCGUUUAGAAACGGAUCGCUAAAAAUGAUUAUGCUAUAAAAAUAGAUUAUUUAUUACUUUAUUAUUGUCUAAUAAUAUUAUCUACAAUAAGUACUCUUAUAGUACUGUAAAUUAAAGAAGGAGUAUUCUGAAUGGAGGUAUCACCUGGAAUCAAGUGCCUGCGUGAAGAUUAAUAAUAUGGGAUCACGUAAAGCAUGUUGGCAAUACUGAUGUAUAAAUGUAUAAUGGUACCUUAUUGUUAGAAAUAUGUGCGUGAAUGAUUUAGCGCAGUGUUAGAAGCAAGUAAUUCGUAUAAAUAUAUAAAAGAAAAGAAAAGAAAAAAAAAAAAAAAAAAAAAAAAAAAUCGUUCAUCCGUUGUUAA